GGAGUGGGUAUAAUAGAGUGUUGUACUAUACACGAGAGGGAGCAGAAGAUUUUUCAGUAUUUGGGGAAUCACACGGAAUUACUACAGGGGAGCGUUCGCCCUUCAUGAAUCUCAGGUCCUCCUUGUAAUGCUACCCAUCACACCCCCCUCCCUCGCUUCUAUUCCAUUCCCUUUUCAACUAAAGCAUUCGAUUUCCCUCCUGCCUGCAGAUCGUGACCGUAUUGGAUGAGGGAUGCGCCGCUGUGCUCCAAGAGCGACUACCCGCUGCCGUGCAUGUGUUAACGUUUGACUGAUCUAUCUAUGUAUGGGAUUCUUCACUCUCUGUGGGGAGACAAGGAGCUGAUAGCGUCCUGAGAGGGAAAACGUUAAAAGUUGGAGGUAUUAACUGAUUAAUGGACAGAAAAAAGGUCACUAGUAACUACUCUUUCUUGUCCCGUGGAUGAUUUUUUCCCAAUCCCGCGCUAAAGGCGCGUCGAUCACGUCGCGCAACAACCAGCUGUCCUGGAGCCCGCUGGAGUGAAUAUGUGCUCCGUGCACGCGAGAGAUAGCGCAGCGCGCGGACACCUGCAGUAAAUGUAGCGGGAAUUCCCCUCGUAAACCGUCCGGAGAAGAACUUCAGAGAGGUGCAGACCUGUCAAUCACCCUCAUCAGCGUCCAGUCAAAGCCAGGAGAAAAGGAGAGGGCAGGGCAUGGACUGGCUUGGCCGUUGCUAUGCAUGAGCGAGUGCCAUGGUGUCCAUGGAGACCAAGGGCUAUACUGACCUCCUGGAGACCAGCGAUGGGCAGGGGUCGGGACUUUUGGAGAGAGGGGACGUGUCGGGGACUGAGGAGGGCUGGAGCGUCCCCUUACCCCUGGGCUUCCAGGUGUCCCUCACCACCGUGCUGAUGCUGGAGCUGGUGCUCGGCUUCAGCAGCAACCUGACCGUGCUGGUGCUCUACUGCGCCCAGUCCAACCUGGUUGAUUCAGUCAGCAACAUGGUUACAGUCAGCUUGCACGUGCUGGACAUCCUGGUGUGUGUGCUGUGUCUGCCGCUGACCGUGGCGAUCAUCCUGCUCCCAGUGGACGGUAGUGGCGGGGGCAGCCUGGCUACGCUGUGCUGCUUCCAUGAGGCCUGCGUAACCUUCACCAGUGUGGCCACGGCCAUCAAUGUGCUGGUCAUCAGCCUGGACCGCUAUGACAUCACCGUCCGCCCAGCCACGCGGCUGCUGACUCCGCGACGUGCUGCACUCCUCCUGGCUGCCGUUUGGGCCAUAUCACUGGCCGUCUUCUUCCUGCCCUUCCUGGAGGGGGACUUCUUCUCAAUAGGGUCUGACGCGGAGGACAGCGAGAGUGGAGGAGGGUUGGAGAUGAACAUGGGGGAUCUGAUACCUGAGUCUGAUUCUGAAGCCCCUACUAGACUGACCCCCACUGGGCAAAACCACACUGGGCUAACCGUCACUCCCUCCACCCCCUCUACUCCAUACUACUCCCACCCCCUGCCGCCAUUGAGGCAGAACCGAACACUGCUAUGUGUGGGUGGGCAGGGCUACCACACGGGCCUGGCCAUGUACUACCACCUCCUCCUGCAGGUGCCCUGCUUCUUCAUCUCCGUGGUCGUCAUGUUGUUCACAUACUCCCGCAUCCUGCAGGCCCUCAACAUCCGCAUCGGCACCCACAUCAAGAGGGGCCCACGGGCCUCCAAUAAGGACUCAGGCUGCAGGAUCCGCAGGCGGAGACGAAGGAGGAAGGGGCUGAGUCUGGCCAUAGAGGGGAGAGGUUCCUCCAGCCAGAACCAACGCCUCACCCACCCGCCCCUCAUCCCAUCCCCCAGCUCCCUCCCGCCCCUCUCCUCCAUGCCCCUGGUUACCUCUGACAGUGGGGCCACGGGGGUCACCAACACCGCCGCCACCACCCCCAGCGCCACCACCCCAGCGACUCCUAACCCCACUGACGGCAUCUCCCCCCCACCAGCGGCGGCGGCAGACCGCCCAGGUGUCCAGGCUUCUGUGUCAGCCAUCAUCGCCCUAAGGAGGGCCGUGAGGCGCCACCGGGACCGGCGGGAGCGCCAGCGGAGAGUCUUCAAGAUGUCCCUGAUCAUCAUCUCUUCUUUCCUGGGCUGCUGGGCUCCUCUGUCCAUGGUGAACGUGUUGAUACUGUGUCUGGGCCCCAGCGAUGGCCUGGUACGUGUGAGGCUCUGCUUCCUGGCCAUGGCAUACGGCACCACCAUCUUCCACCCGCUACUCUAUGCCUUCACCAGGCAGAAGCUGCGUAAAGCGCUGAAGACCCAUGUCAAGAAGAGGGUGGUGUCCCUGCUGCAGGUGGACCCGGCGCCCAACGGGGGAACUGUUAUUCACAACUCCUGGGUGCAGGGGGGUGGACAGAGGAAGGGACGCAAGCCCCGACUGGAGGGCAGUGACGCCACCAGUAACUGCCUAACAGUGGCUGUGAGAGAAUGAGGGGCCGUGCAGCUGUGUGUGUGCGUGCGUGUGCAAGCGAGCGUGCAUGUGUAUCUGGGUGUACAGUAUGUGAUAGUUGACAAAGGUCACACGACAUCAUCAGCACCUCCCUCCAUCCAGAUGUGUGAUGAUGGCAGGUGGACCCAGAGCUCUAAUUAAGAUCAGACCUACUCUGUGAUCUAUGUACACAGCUCAUUAGUCCCCCAGUUAACGACAAGAUGGCCACUCCUAAUCCAUGGCAAUGCCAAGCUACAAAGCAAUAUGUGACAUCACCUGCGUUGCCGCAACAUUAGUUACUGUAGAUAUACAUCCCAGUAUAGGUACAGAGCAAAAAUCUCCACACACAUUGAUCAACCUGUUGUCAUUCACGGAACAAGUCAACACAAUAUCUACCUGCACACAGAUCUCAAUGAGAGUCAAUAUCCAGUAACAGUUUAUCAUUUGAUUAGUCAUGCAUUAAAGGAAAAGUUUUUUUUUUUACAACCUUUUUUUACAACCUAUUUUUUAUGUACUGUAAAUGGCAUGUUAUACAAAGGUCCUGACACCUUUUUUGUGAUUUCAUGUUUUUUUAUUUUUUUUUACUUACCCCAAACAGCAAAUUGCUUCCUCAUCCUCAUUGUGUAGUAUGAGGGCCCCGAAGAAAAUAUGAACAAAGGCUCCAAAAACACCCAAAUAAAAUAAAACGUUAUUUGUUGCAUACACAUAUUUAGCAGAUGUUAUUGCGGUUGUAGCAAAAUGCUUUUGUUCCUAGCUCCAACAGCGCAAUAAUAUAUAACAAUACACAAAAAUGCUAAUGAAUCUAAAAAGUAAAAGAAUGAAAUUAAGAACUAUAGAAAUAUUAGGACGAGCAAUGUCGGAGUCCAGAGUGUGUGUGUGUGUGUGUUUAUAUAUAUAUAUAUAUAUAUAUAUAUAUAUAAAGUCGGAAGUUUACAUACACCUUAGCCAAAUACAUUUAAACUCUGUUUUUCACAAUUCCUGACAUUUAAUCCUAGUAAAAAUUCCCUGUCUUAGGUCAGUUAAGAUCACCACUUUAUUUUAAGAAUGUGAAAUGUCAGAAUAAUAGUAGAGAGAAUGAUUUAUUUCAGCUUUUAUUUCUUUCAUCACAUUCCCAGUGGGUCAGAAGUUUACAUACACUCAAUUAGUAUUUGGUAGCAUUGCCUUUAAAUUGUUUAACUUGGGUCAAACGUUUCGGGUAGCCUUCCAUAAGCUUCCCACAAUAAGUUGGGUGAAUUUUGGCCCAUUCCUCCUGACAGAGCUGGUUUAACUGAAUCAGGUUUGUAGGCCUCCUUGCUCGCACAUGCUUUUCAGUUCUGGCCACAAAUUUUAUAUAGAACAAACCACCAGGGCUUUGUGAUGGCCACUCCAAUACCUUGACUUUGUUGUCCUUAAGCCAUUUUGCCACAACUUUGGAAGUAUGCUUGGGGUCAUUGUCCAUUUCGAAGACCCAUUUGUGACCAAGCUUUAACUUCCUGACUGAUGUCUUGAGAUGUUGCUUCAAUAUAUCCACAUACUUUUCCUACCUCGUGAUGCCAUCUAUUUUGUGAAGUGCACCAGUCCCUCCUGCAGCAAAGCACCCCCACAACAUGAUACUGCCACCUUCGUGCUUCGUGGUUGGGAUGGUUUUCUUCGGCUUGCAAGCCUCCCCUUUUUCCUCCAAACAUAACGAUGGUCAUUAUGGCCAAACAGUUCUAUUUUGUUUCAUCAGACCAGAGGACAUUUCUCCAAAAAGUACGAUCUUUGUCCCCAUGUGCAGUUGCAAACCAUAUUCUGGCUUUUUUAUGACGGUUUUGGGGCAGCGGCCCAGGUUAUGUCGAUUUCAGGUUAUGUCGAUAUAAGACUCGUUUUACUGUGGUUAUAGAUCGUUUUGUACCCGUUUCCUCCAGCAUCUUCACAGGGUCCUUUGCUGUUGUCCUGGGAUUGAUUUGCACUUUUCGCACCAAAGUACGUUCAUCUCCAGGAGACAGAACGCGUUUCCUUCCUGAGCGGUAUGAUGGCUGCGUGGUCCCAUGGUGUUUAUACUUGCGUACUAUUGUUUGUACAGAUGAACAUCGUACCUUCAGGCGUUUGAAAAUUGCUCCCAAGAAUGAUCCUUGGCUGAUUUAUUUGGAUUUUCCAUUGAUGAGUCACUGAGUUUGAAGGUAGGCCUUGAAAUACAUCCACAGGUACACCUCCAAUUAACUCAAAUGAUGUCAAUUAGCCUAUCAGAAGCUUCUAAAGCCAUGACAUCAUUUUCUGGAAUUUUCCAAGCUGUUUAAAGGCAUAGUCAACUUAGUGUAUGUAAACUUCUGACCCACUGGAAUUGUGAUACAGUGAAUUAUAAGUGAAAUAAUCUGUCUGCAAACAAUUGUUGGAAAAAUUACUUGUGUCGUGCACACAGUAGAUGUCCUAACCGACUUGCCAAAAUUAUAGUUUGUUAACAAGAAAUUUGUGGAGUGGUUGAAAAACGAGUUUUAAUGACCCCAACGUAAGUUUAUGUAAACUUCCGACUUCAACUUCGUGUAUAUAUAUUAUAUAAAUAGGUUUUUAUAUUGAUUCAUUAUUUACAUAAUUAUUCAGACCCUUCGCUUUGAGACUGGAAAUUGAGCUCCAGUGCAUCCUGUUUCCAUUGAUCAUCCUUGCGAUGUUGCUACAAAUUGAUUGGAAUCCACCUGUGGUAAAUUCUAUUGAUUUGAUAUGAUUUUGAAAGACACACACGUGGCCAAAAGUUUUGAGAAUGACACAAAUAUUAAUAUUCACAAAGUCUGCUGCCUCAGUUUGUAUGAUGGCAAUUUGCAUAUACUCCAGAAUGUUAUGAAGAGUGAUCAGAUGAAUUGCAAUUAAUUGCAAAGUCCCCAAAAAACAUUUCCACUGCAUUUCAGCCCUGCCACAAAAGGACCAGCUGACAUCAUGUCAGUGAUUCUUUCAUUAACACAGGUGUGAGUUGACGAGGACAAGGCUGAAGAUCACUCUGUCAUGCUGAUUGAGUUCAAAUAACAGACUGGAAGCUUCAAAAUGAGGGUGGGGCUUGGAAUCAUUGUUCUUCCUCUUUUAACCAUGGUUACCUGCAAGGAAACACGUGCCGUCAUCAUUGCUUGCACAAAAAGGGCUUCACAGGCAAGGAUAUUGCUGCCAGUAAGAUUGCACCUAAAUCAACCAUUUAUCGGAUCAUCAAUAACUUCAAGGAGAGCAGUUCAAUUGUUGUGAAGAAGGCUUCAGGGCGCCCAAGAAAGUCCAGCAAGCACCAGGGCCAUCUCCUAAAGUUGAUUCAGCUGUGAGAUUGGGGCACCACCAGUACAGAGCUGGCUCAGGAAUGGCAGCAGGCAGGUGUGAGUGCAUCUGCACGCACAGCGAGGCGAAGACUUUUGGAGGAUGGCCUGGUGUCAAGAAGGGCAGCAAAGAAGCCACUUCUCUCCAGGAAAAACAUCAGGGAUAGACUGAUAUUCUGCAAAAGGUACAGGGAUUGGACUGCUGAGGACUGGGGUAAAGUCAUUUUCUCUGAUGAAUCCCCUUUCUGAAAGUUUGGGGCAUCUGGAAAAAAGCUUGUCCAGAGAAGACAAGGUGAGCGCUACCAUCAGUCCUGUGUCAUGCCAACAGUAAAGCAUCCUGAAGCCAUUCAUGUGUGGGGUUGCUUCUCAGCCAAGGGAGUAGGCUCACUCACAAUUUUGCCUAAGAACACAGCCAGGAAUAACGAAUGGUACCAACACAUCCUCCAAGAGCAACUUCUCCCAACCAUCCAGGAACAGUUUGGUGAUGAAUAAUGCCUUUUCCAGCAUGAUGGAGCACCUUGCCAUAAGGCAAAAGUGAUAACUAAGUGGCUCGGGGAACAAAACAUCGAUAUUUUGGGUCCAUGGCCAGGAAACUCCCCAGACCUUAAUCCCAAUGAGAACUUGUGGUCAAUCCUCAAGAGGCGGGUGGACAAACAAAAACCCACAAAUUCUGACAAACUCCAAGCAUUGAUUUUGCAAGAAUGGGCUUCCAUCAGUCAGGAUGUGGCCCAGAAGUUAGGUCUUGAAAAAGAAGGGUCAACACUGCAAAUAUUGACUCUUUGCAUCAACUUCAUGUACUUGUCAAUAAAAGCCUUUGACACUUAUGAAAUGCUUGUAAUUAUACUUCAGUAUUCCAUAGUAACAUCUGACAAAUAUCUAAAGACACUGAGGCAGCAAACUUUGUGAAAAUUAAUAUUUGUGUAAUUCUCAAAACUUUUGGCCACGACUGUAUCUAAGGUCCUACAGUUGACAGUGCAUGUUAGAGCAAAAACCAAGCCAUGAGGUCGAAGGAAGUGUCCGUAGAGCUCCGAGACAGGAUUGUGUAAAGGCACAGACCUGGGGAAGGGUACCAAACAAAUUCUGCAGCAUUGAAUGUCUCCAAGAACUCAGUGGCCUCCAUCAUUCCUGAAUGGAUGUAGAUUGGAACCACCAAGACUCUUCCAGAAUUGGCCGCCCGGCCAAACUGAGCAAUCUGGGGAAAAAGGCCUUGGUCAGGGAGGUGACAAAGAACCCAAUGGUCACUCUGACAGAGCUCUAGAGUUCCUCUGUGGAGAUGGGAGAACCUUCCAGAAGGACCAUUUCUGCUGCACUCCACCGAUCAGGCCUUUAAGCCACUCCUCAGUAAAAGGCACAUGACAGCCAGCUUGGAGUUAAAGACUCUCAGACCGUGAGAACACGAUUCUCUGGUCUGAUGAAACGUCUGGAGGAAACCUGGCACCAUCCCUACGGUGAAGCUUGGUGGUGGCAGCAUCAUGCUAUGGGGAUGUUUUUCAUUUGCAGGGACUGAGAGACUAGUCAGGAUCAAGGGAAAGAUGAACAUAGCAAAGUAUAGUGAGAUCCUUGAUGAAUACAUACUCCAGAGCGCUCAGGAUCUCAGAAUGGGGCGAAGGUUCACCUUCCAACAGGACAUGAACCUAAGCACACAGCCAAGACAACACAGGAGUGGUUUCAGGACAAUACUUUAAAUGUCAUUAAGUGGCCCAGCCAGAGCCUGGACUUGAACCCAAUCGAACAUCUCUGGAGAGGUUUGAAAAUAGCUGUGCAGCAAUACUCCCCAUCCAACCUGACAGAGCUUGAGAGGAUCUGCAGAGAAUAAAUGGGAGAAACUCCCCAAAUACAGGUGUGUCAAGCUUGUAGCAUCAUACCCAAGAAGACUCAAUGCUGUAAUCGCUGCCAGAGGUGCUUCAACAAAGUACUGAGUAAAGAGUCUGAAUACUUAUGUAAGUGUGAUAUGUCAGUUUUUUUAUUUGAAAUAAAUUAGCAAAGAUUACAAAAAAAUUGUUUUUGCUUUGUCAUUAUGGGGUAUUGUGUGUAAGUUGAGGGGUAAAACCAAUUUAAUGAAUUUUAGAAUAAAGCUUUCACGUAACAAAAUGUGAAAAAGGUCAAGGGGUCUGAAUAUUUUCCGAAGGCACUUUAUAUAGAUAGAAUAUGUAGUAUAUAUGAAGAAUAGUAUAUGUACAGCAAUAGUUAAAUAGGAUAGGCCUUGACCAGAAUACAGCAUAUACAUAUGAAGUGGGUAAACAGUAUGUAAACAUUAUUAAAGGGACCAGUGUUAUGUACAUAGGGCAGCAGCCUCUAAGGUGCAUGGUAGAGUAACCGGGUUGUAGCCGGCUAGUGACAGUGACUAAAGUUCAGCAAGCCAAAUUUCUUCAGCUUCCUGAGGUUGAAGAGUUGCUGCUGCUUCUUCUUCACCACACUGUCUGUUUGGGUGGACCAUUUCAGAUUGUCAGUGAUGUGUACAUCCUUUAGAAACUGCAAAGCUCUAAGGAUAGUAAUGCAGGUCUUUAGAUGUUGUACACAUGAAAUUGUGCCAUUCUGAACUUUAUCCGCAAUGUUAUAUUCCCUUUUGCGCGGCAGGAUCUGUUUCCCCUAUCCAGCUGUUUCAUUCUCCUUGUAGCCUGCUGCUACAGGUAACUACCAAAAUAGAGGAAACACCAACAUAAAGUGUCUUAAUAGGGCGUUGGGCCACCACACCGGCCAGAAAAGCUUCAAAGCGCCUUAGCUUAGAUUCUACAAGUGUCUGGAACUUCCUGUGUGAAAGCACCCCAGCUUUCAAUAUGCUUUGUAUCCCUCAUUUACUCAAGUGUUUCCUUUAUUUUGGCAGUUACCUGUAGAAUAGACCGAGAGGUAUCGCUAGAGUUACAACAACAUUGAGUAUAACAUUACAUGUAAAGUUCAGAAUGACACAAUUUCAUGUUUACAACAUCUAAAGACCUGCAUCACUAUACUGAGAGCUUUGCAGUUUCUAAAAGGAUGUAUUUGGGUGUUUUUGGAGCCUUUGUUCAUGUUUUGGGGGGGGGGGGGGCCAUACUACACAAAGAAGAUCAGGAAGUAAUUUGUUGUUUGGGGUAAGUUUCUCAAAACAUGUGAAAUCAUGCCUGCACCCUUCUAUAACAUGCUAUUUAUAUUUUAAAAAAUAGAGAUUUGGUUGUAACAAAAAAAACUCCUUAAUUUCCUUUCUCAAAUGAUUCUGAAUGUUUUACUGUAUGUCUUGUGUUUACAAGAGUGUAGUGUGCGUGUGUGUGGUUCUAUAUAGUUCCAAAUAAGGGUUCUUGGGGUUGUAAACAUAGCGGAUCCUUUUUGGUGCUAUCUAGAAUCCUUUUUUGAAGGUUCUGUAAAGAACCAUGCUUACAGGGUUCUAAAUAGAACCUUUAUGGUGCUAUAAAGAACCAUUUCAUAAGGUUCUACAGUAUAUAGCACCACAAAGAGUUCCGCUAUGGUAACAACCUUUUUGGGGGCUAAUUAGAACCUGUUUUAAAUAACCUUUGUCAAAGGUUCUACAAAGAACCUUUUGAAGAACCAUACAGGGUUUUAUAUUGUGGUUAGUAGCCAUAUGAUAUUGUUACAUUUCCAUAAGUGUUAAUCCACAAAUUGAAUCAGGUGUGCUAGCUCCAGAACAGCUCAGGGUCCUUGAGGAGAAAAAUAAAAACCACUGAUAUAGUCAACAGCUCAUAGCUGACACAAAACCUUAUGUGGGUCUUUCAUAAGACAUCAUUAUUGACCAAUCUUUUUCUCAUAUGCAUUUACAUAAUACAACAGAUUAGAUCAACUGGGAUAGCACUCUCAAUCAUGGUUGCACAAAAAGAGCUGUGCGCAAACCACACCCUAAAUAUAUUCCAAUGAGCCGCUGCCCCUACAUUUGAAUGAUCACUAAAAGAUGAAAGAACGAUUUUCUUAACUGCAAAAAACCAUUGAAGGGCUCAAAGGGUUCAUUGAGUCAUUAUGGUUCCACAUAGAACCAUAACCCUUACCAAAGAACCCUUGAGGAACCCUCUUUUUCUUAGAGGGCAGAUGGUUGCACCACUGUGAACCAUCCCAGGCUUCAGAGUUAAACAGGUCCUGGAGCAGCAUUUGGAGGUUGUUUUCGAUCUGUGUCUACCUCCUCCUCAGGGCUUUAUAUCUAAAAUAGACAGCAUUAUAUUGUUAUCAUUUGUUAAUGUUUCAUGUGUUAGAAUUUGAUUUUGUUUAUGUAUUUUUUACUUUUCUAAACUUAAUAUUUGAACUUGAUUAUUGAAUGAUUUAAUUGAAGAAGAAAAAAUAGAAUUAAAAAACUGGUAAUGACUUUUGGAUAAAGAACAAGUAGAAUGACCUUUAUAUAUACAUUACUUUUGUCAUGUUUUCAGACCCCUUGACUUCCACAUUUUGUUACAUUCAAUCGUCAAUCUACACACACUACCCCAUAAUGACAAAGCAAAAACAUUUUGAGUCUCAUUACAAAGGGUCUGAUUACUUAUGUAAAUAAGGUAUUUGUGUUUUUUUUUAUGUUUAAUGCAUUUGCAAACAUUUCUAAAAACCUGUUUUCACUUUGUCAUUAUGGGGUAUUGUGUGUAGAUUAAUAAAGAUGUUUUAUUUAUUUAAUCAAUUUUAGAAUAAGGCUGUAACAUAAGAAAAUGUGAAAAAGUCAAGGGGUCUGAAUACUUUCCAAAUGCACUGUAUCUCCCUCUGAAGCAUGUUGAACAUAUACAGUUACAUCAUUGCACCAGCCCUCAGUUAUUGUGAUAGGUAUUAGCCUAGUUAUAGCCAUGAAGUAGGUAGGCUACAUACAUUACCAGUCAAAAGUUUGGACACACUUACUCAUUCAAAGGUUUUUCUUUAUUUGUACUAUUUUAGAAUAAUAGUGAAGACAUCAAAACUAUGAUUGUCCUGUUUUUCAACAGGACAAUGACCCAACACACCUCCAGGCUGUGUAAGGGCUAUUUGACCAUUGAUGGAAACCUGGCCUCCACAAUCACCUCACCUCAACCCAAUUGAGAUGGUUUGGGAUGAGUUGGACCACAGAGUGAAGGAAAAGCAGCCAACAAGUGCUCAGCAUAUGUGGGAACUCCUUCCAGAUGAAACUGGUUGAGAGAAUGCCAAGCGUGUGCAAAGCUGUCAUCAAGGCAAAGGGUAGCUACUUUGAAGAAUCUCAAAUAUAAAAUAUAUUUAGAUUUUUUUUAACACUUUCUUGGUUACUACAUGAUUCCAUGUGUUAUUACAUAAUUUUGAUGUUUUUCCUAUUAUUCUACAAUAAUAGUGAAGAUGAAUGAAUAGGUGUGUGCAAACUUUUGACUGGUACUGUAUGAUCAAAAGUUUGGGUAGACUAUGUAUGGCUCUCAAGUGUGAAGGAACUUUUUCAGUCUCUUUUGUGGGUUACUAUAAUAUAGGUCCUCCUUUUCCCUCCUACUUCAUUUUGGAGCCAGACGGAAGGAAUUAAUUCCUGUGUAUUUAUAUAUGUACAUGUUCAGGGAUGUAAAUAUUCUAAUAUCUAGCUCUUAGGGGUUUGAGUGGAAGGAUUAUUUUGUGUUGCAGCAGUCAUCUGCUGACCAGAAUAUCAGCCGUGCUGAGUGAGAGGGUAAGAAAACAGACAUGGAAGAGAUCAAACAUAUAAAUGUAUUUUGUUUCUGUAUGUGCGUAUCGUACUGUACAUUUAUUGCCAUGUAUAUAGAGAUAGUAUUGUACAUGAUUUCUAUUGUGUUGUUAUAUUGUGUUUCUUAUUAGAACAUGACAAAAUCUGGAAUAAUAAUUAAAAAAGACUGUGCACAUG